AUGCUCCACUACAUCCCCUACGAGUCAGAGCUCCAGCUCCCCCCCAUAGUCGCCCUCAUCCAAAACGACCUCUCGGAACCUUACUCCAUCUACACCUACCGCUACUUCAUCCACAACUGGCCCCAGCUUUGUUUCCUGGUCGUCGAUGACGGGGAUAACAAGGGGUUAGAUCAUGGGGGAGACAGGACGACGACCGUGGGCGAAGGCCCGGGUGAGGAGGCGGGGAAGAAAGUAGUGGGCGUGGUAGUCUGCAAACUUGACACCCAUCACGACAGACGUCGCGGGUACAUCGCCAUGCUCGCCGUCUCCAAAUCCCACCGCAAGCUCGGCAUCGGUUCAGCACUCGUCGAAAAAGCAGUAGCAGCAAUGCAGGCCGAAGAAGCCGACGAGGUGGUGUUGGAGACCGAGGAGACGAAUAAGGGCGCGCUGGCGCUGUACCAGAACCUGGGGUUUGUGAGGGAUAAGCGGAUGGAGAGAUAUUAUUUGAAUGGGGUGGAUGCCUUUCGGUUGAAGCUUUGGUUGAAGUAG